CUCACCAUCAGACGGCUGUUCACACAGGAGACAUGGGACCGUGGAGUCACCGAAGGGGGGAAACUCUUCUCCACAACAACUCUAACCGACCCGAGGAGCUCAUAUCCCGCUGAACAUCCUUUAAUGGACGCUCUUCUUCUUCCACUGUGUUUCUAAUUCCCACCAGGACCACCGGAAGACACGCAACUUAAAUGACAACUGAAGUUAUCCGUUCAUUUUUGAUACCUAGGGCAAAGUGCCACACCUUCGCUUAGCACAACAGCUCCACGACACAGCUGGCCAAAUGGGGUGCCAAUGCUGCAGGAUGAUAAAAAGCUACAUCUACGACCCCUCUGUGGCGGGAGAUGUGAGGAAGUCUGACUCUGCGGGCAGCUCACUCUACCAUCCCCACCACCUCUCAGGCGGGGCCCUCAGCGGUGACCCGCUCGGCAGCCCCAGCAAGCAGAAACAGGGCUUCAACAAUCUGGGCUACAGCAAGUCCAACGACAGCACGCUCAAGCUAGAGGUGGACAACAACCACGUCAACCACAGGCUGCACGCUGCACCUUCACCUGCGACGGAGCUGCACAGGCAGGCGAGCGCGCCACCUGGAGAUGGAGGUCUGUACAUCAUCCAGCCGCAAGCUCUGGGGCCGAGAUGGGUGAGUCAGGUUCCCGUUUACCCAGACAUACAGGACUAUGAGAACCAGAGGAGCUACGGCGAGCGGGUACGUGGUGUGACGAGGAACGAGUGGGACAGCUCCAUCACAGAGUGUGCGAUCGGCAGUGAAAGCCUGUCAGCAGACGAGGUGGACGAGGGUGUGGGAGGGACGCCGGAGUACCCGUGUGAUACGGGGGACGAGGGUAGCAUCCUGUCAGUGGACAUCCACACCAGCACCACCAGCCUGUCGUCAGUCGACACCAGGGAGGAGCUCAGACGGCCAAAGACUCCGGACGUUUCCACCGUAGAGAGUGGGAUCUCUGUGACAAAGAGUGACGACGACGACAAGGUGGAGGCAAGGAACCAGGAGGAGGAGGUGCAGAGCGUUACAGACUCGAUGGUGGCGGAGGCUCUCGCUGCUUUGGAGGCCGCCACCGCUGGCGAGGAAUUUGAAUAACGGACCUCUGCGGUGCCUCUCAGUUAUCACCAAAAAAACUCUUGAUAGAGCGUUCAUGAAACUUUGUUGUGUUUUCAUCAAAGAACAUGAAGCGAAUGAAGGAAAACUGUUUACAAAAAGAUUUAUUUUUGAACUCAAAAUCUUGGAUAUUUUUUUAUUCUGUUCACACUGACAGAAGAUAACGUGUGAAGGAGGCAACUUUUCCAAUGCCACAAAUUGAAAAGAUGUGUGAGUAUCGCCUGCAGCCAUAUCAGCCUGUUAUGAAUCCAGCGUAUUUAACACUCCACAGUCCUCAUAAGCCUGUAUGUGCUCACUCACUGCUCUGCCAUGUCCAUACUGCCCAUGUACAGUCAUUGCUUGCAGGUUGCUUUUAUCAUAUUAGCCUCAUUUUGGAGCAUAGCUAUGCUAAAGCGGGAUUUAUACUUGUGCGGCAGCCUACGCAAGUGGCCUACACUGUUGUGAGCAUUUAUACUUGUGCAGUGGUGGUGUCUGUGUCACUCUGCAGUUAUACCUUCACAACGCUAGUUGGCAGUGGAGGUUUCUGUGAAGAGCUGUAAAGUUUAGUUGAUCCAAAACACACAUUAAACACACAUUAAACAUGGCUUA